CCAGCCACCCCACAGCAAUUGCCAUGGCCGCCGAAACCAUCCCACGCCCCGCCGCCUUUUCCGCGCCACCCCGCCCACCUCCUCCACCCCCCGCGCGCACGCUCGUCCGUGGGACCUCGCCGCCCACGUCCCCGCUCUUCUCCCCCUCUCGCGCUCGCAAAAACCGGCCGCCAACUCCCCCACGAUGCCACCCACGCCGCCGGUGGUUGCCGCCCCAAAUCCACCUCGCCCCGGCCUCCCCGUCGCCCCCGAGCGCUAUAAAACUCCUCCCCGCACUCCCCUCGCUCGUUUCCCCCAUUUACCCGAGCCCGCCGUGCCCUCCAUUGCUCUCCCCACGCUGCUCCUGUGCGCCGCUGCUCCCCGGCGAUCUCCAGCCGCCCCUCACCACCGCUCUAGCCACCUCCGCACUGCGUCGCCGCCACCGCUAGCUUCGCCACUCCGAGCUGCACGCCGUCCGCCGCUCCACUCCCCUAAUCCGCCACCGAAACCCCACCGCCACCACACCACCCGAACCGCCACCAUAGCAGCCGCCUCCAGUCACCUCUCGCCGCCGUCCCGGUCCACCCCGUGCUGCGUCUCGCCUUCCUCAGCACCGCAGCAAUCGUGUGCAGCCCGGCCGCCCCUUUUCAUUCGCCAAAGGUCGCUGGAACCCCGCUUCCUCAGCCCAAGAUCGAGGCCGAGCCCGUCCGCCCCUUCCCGAGUGCCGCCCGUCGCCGGAGCUCCGUCUUGCCGUCUUCCCGAGGAGCCCCGCCGCCGUUGUUCCUUGCCGCCGGCCGCCCCUUCCGCCGGCCGCCGCUCGGUGGGCAUCUCCCCUCCAACCCCUCGCCUCCCCCUGCUACCUCCCGGCUGUGCCGCCGCGCCGGUGGUCGCCGCCCCCCGGCCGGCCGGCCGGCCGGUGAGCCAAUUCCCGCUCGCCCGUGGCCGCCCGAUUCACCCCGGGUGGAUAUGGGCCGUCCACGUGGCCCUCCCCGAGCCGCUCGGCGUCGCCGCCCCUGUGGCAUCACGUCGGCACCACCUCGUCCUCCCCGUCCCGCGUGGCCACCACGUGGUGCGCCCGCCGGCAUCGCGCGCGUGGACCGAGUCCACCGUGCGCCCAUCCCUUUGAGCCACCGAUAGGUGGGACCCGCUUGUCGGUGCCACCUAUUCCCCUU